ACGGGCCGUCCGCCGCCAUCACGGUGCCCCCUAGUGUGCAUUUAUGUCUUUCUCUUUCUCCUUCUCCUUCCCCUUGUCCGUCUCUCUCCUUGAUUCGCUACGCCACUUCGUGCCGCGACGUUUUCACGGGCAAACCGAGAGAGUGACAGCUGCCAGUCGUCAGCGCGGUACGUGCUUUACGCGACGACUGACAAUCGUCCGUGUGUUAUCGCGUGAGUACGCGUUUCGUGAGAAUCGUUCGUAAAAUAUCAUCCCGUGCGUGGGUCGUGUACAUCGAGUGUCAUAACUAGAAGCAAAAGUGAGUGUCUACCGCGGACCUUGGCACAAAGUUGCCAAGAAUCGGCCGAACUUUUGCUCCGGCGGUGAUUCUAUUCGUGCGUCAGGUUGUCAUGGUAAGCGGCGGCAUGGCCGGGCAGCAUUACUGCCUGCGCUGGAACAACUACCAGUCGAACAUGACGUCCGUUUUCCACCAGCUCCUGCAGACGGAAGCAUUCGUGGACGUCACCCUGGCAUGCAACGAAGCUUCCCUGAAGGCGCACAAGGUGGUAUUGUCGGCGUGCAGUUCCUACUUUCAGAAGCUUUUGCUCUCGAAUCCCUGCAAGCAUCCGACCAUCAUCAUGCCGCAGGACGUUUGCUUCAACGACCUGAAAUUCAUCAUAGAGUUUGUCUACAGGGGUGAAAUCGACGUCUCGCAAGCAGAACUUCAGUCGCUGUUGAAAACGGCCGAUCAGCUGAAGAUAAAGGGCCUCUGCGAGGUGCCGGAAAGCAGGGACGGUCCGCCAUCGGUCAGCCUGAGCUCGCCACCCCGUGAACCCGGCACGCCUAGGAUAAAUUUCACCAAAUUGAAGAGGCAUCAUCCGCGAUACAAGAGAGCCAGAACCACGUUCGAACCACGGGCGACGGACUCGAGACACUACGACAGAUACAAAGAGGAGGAGUCGAACGACAAUUAUAAUCGUGAGAACAAAGAGAACCACAGGGACUGGCAGGCCGAAGAUGAAGAUUGCACGGAGGGAACGACAGCAGCAAUAGUAUUGGAAACUUGCCAGCGGAACAACAGCAACAACAACAACAACAACGGUAACGGUGCUAACAACAAUAACAACGGUGACAUGUUUUGUCAUACAGGACUCGGCCAUUACGGUCAUCAUCCGGAUCCUGGGGAGGUGGAUCUGCCCCCAGAGACCCAACCUACGCCACCCAGUGCCACCUUGGUUGGCACUACGAUCACCCAUCUGAGGGACCCGGAUCAUCAUUCUACAGAGAUUCAAACCUGUGACAGUGUGAAGAUUAAGUUCGAAACGUUGCACACGAUGGACUCGUCGGAUACCAUCGACAUCGACAGCCACAUGUCGGAUCGGGCGAGCGUCAGCUCGAAGAACGCGGCCGACAGCGACAACAUGAUGAUGAUCACGCCGGAGCUGCUCGGAUUAAUGCCCUCUGGAAGUUCCGUUCACUCCGAUUCCGGUGAAAAUAACUCGAGGGGUCAUUCCGGCCAGUCGAGUUCCCAUCACCAUGGCUCCAAGUCGUGGACGCAAGAAGACAUGGACGCCGCGUUGGAAGCGUUAAGGAAUCACAACAUGAGUCUCACGAAAGCCUCCGCUACUUUCGGUAUACCCUCGACGACGCUGUGGCAAAGGGCUCACCGGUUAGGCAUAGACACACCAAAAAAGGACGGACCAACGAAGUCGUGGAGCGACGAGAGUUUGAACAACGCGCUCGAGGCGUUGCGAACUGGAACGAUCUCGGCGAACAAAGCUUCGAAAGCGUUCGGUAUACCUUCCAGCACAUUGUACAAAAUCGCGAGGAGAGAAGGGAUCAGAUUGGCCGCGCCCUUCAACGCGAGUCCCACCACUUGGUCACCGGCCGACCUGGACCGCGCUUUGGAAGCGAUUAGGUCAGGUCAGACGUCCGUGCAGAGGGCAUCGACGGAGUUCGGUAUACCCACGGGGACGCUCUACGGUAGAUGUAAAAGGGAAGGAAUCGAACUGAGCAGGAGUAAUCCUACGCCGUGGAGCGAAGACGCUAUGACCGAAGCUCUGGAAGCCGUCAGAUUGGGGCAAAUGAGCAUCAAUCAAGCAGCUAUUCACUAUAAUCUACCCUACUCUUCGUUGUACGGUCGUUUCAAGAGGGGGAAAUACGAAGAACCCGUUGUCGGCGAAAUAUCGCAAGACGGAAGCAGUCCGCAUUUCCAUCAGAGUCCAAAUCAGAAUCAUUCGUCCGUUGUUCCGGAUCAAAUGACGUACCAAGGCAGCUGAAACUUACCCCUCUAUUAGAGCCCUAAGUUAACUUAAUCGUUGAGUUCGUCGUUCUCGCGAACGGACGCGAUAAACGAGUCCGAAAGCCGCAAAAAGCCACCGACCAAACU